AUGCCAAACAAAGGUGGUCCACGAUCCAGUGUAAGGAAAGUGCUUCGCUCGGUGGCGCACUCAGUGAUGCUGUAUGCAGCACCCAUAUGGCAGAGAGCUAUGGACCAUAACCAAAGUAAAAAGAAGGUGGAGCAGACACAACGGAGAGUAGCACUCUGGGUGUGCAGUGAAUACCGGACUGUUUCUACGGAAGCAGCUAUCGUGAUAUCUGGAACAGUGCCCAUCAAGCUCCAGGUAGAAAAGAGGAUAGCGAAGCGGACAGGAGUUCUGCAGGAAGAAGAGCAUUACACCAGACAGUGGCACAAGCGUGGUCACAAGACACUGGUACUAAGCGGACAUGGGUGCUUUGGCUACUAUAAGAGACGCUUUGCUCUGAGCGACACAGAUUCCUGUGCGUACUGCGGAGACUGCGACACUACUCUUCAUACUGUGUUUGCAUGUCCACGGUGGAGAUACCAGCGGAAGGGAGUCGAGGAGAAUCUGGGAAGAGCUCUUACAGUGGAGAGUAUGGUGGCACUGAUGGUGGAGAGCGAAGACAACUGGCGCACAGUAGCUGACUACCUGGGAGUGGUAAUGAGAAGAAAAGAAGAAGAUGAAAGGCGCGUGAAUUUAAAUUUAAGAGCUGAAAUAAGAAGAGGCCUAAGAAAAAGAAGGUAA